AGCACAAGCCGAAGCCAAGACAACAUGAGCACCGACAACAAGACCGAGGGCGUUAUCCAGGCCGGCAGCCUGUACCGCAAACGCGGCGGCCUGCUGGCCAAGCUCACGGGCGGCAAGCAGCUCGUGUACGUGGAGGCCAACGACAAGCUGAAGAACGUCAAGCUCUUCGAGUCUGAGACCAACAAGGCCUCGCCCCUGGCCACCGUGGACCUGGCGGCUGACGCCACCGUCGAGUUCGACGCGUCCAUGACGCACGGCAUCAAGCUGGCCAACCCCAAGGCCACGGAGGUGUUCGCGGCCGAGAGCAAGGAGAAGCAGGAGGAGUGGCUCAACUCGUUCAUCAACGCCGGCGCGCAGUACCGCGAGGUGUUCAACGUGGCCGACACGGCCAAGAUCAAGUCGUUCUACGAGCUCAAGGACUUCGACAUGGCUGGCAACGAGGUGUCCAUGGCCAAGUACAAGGGCAAGGUGGUGCUGGCCGUGAACGUGUCGAGCAAGUGCGGCCUGACGCCCACGAACUACCCGGAGCUGCAGGAGCUGUACGCCAAGUACAAGGACGAGGGUCUGGAGGUGCUGGCGUUCCCGUGCAACCAGUUCGCCGGCCAGGAGCCGGGCACCCACGAGGAGAUCAUGGAGUUCGUGAAGCAGUACAAUGUGACGUUCCCGUUCUUCGAGAAGCACGACGUGAACGGCGCGACGGCUCGGCCGGUGUUCACGUACUUGAAGACGAAGCUGCCGGGCUCGUUCGGCGACUUUGUGAAGUGGAACUUCACCAAGUUCCUGGUGGACCGCAACGGCCAGCCGUACAAGCGGUUCGCCCCGAAGGACCGUCCGCUGUCGUUCGAGGAGGACAUCAAGACGCUGUUGGCGCAGAAGGCUUCGGAAGAGUAAAGGUCGAGUUGGCGGUGCGCGCUGAAGUCGCAGCUAUGACCAGCGUUGUUAAGAAAAAAUGUUGUUUAUUGAC